AUGGAUUCCCUCGCGCGAUUCUCUGCUCGGUCUGGACAUCUCAAGCGAGAACUUGGUAAACGUCGGACUAAGCGUCAUCCUCCAUCUCCUGAGGGCAACAACCCUCUCACACGACGUGCUGAUCCCGACUGCGAACCUGCCGACCCAGCAAACACCGUGACCGACCGACUAAACACACUUUUACGCAACGGAGGCCCAGGAUACACCCUCAGACUAUGCCCUAACGAACGUUAUAUGAUACAAGCGCCCAUCACCUUCGCCCACCCCAACCAGGAGAUAAGCACCUUAGGAUACCCAAUUGACGACGAGCGCGCCGUCCUAGUGGUUUCUGGGCCAGUUCAGAAUGGAGAAGGACAUACCGUUGCUGUAGAUGGUACCUGUAACGAUUGCGAUGGAGUAAAGCUUCGCAAUAUCCAGAUUGACGGGGACAGAGGGAACGCGCCGCCAACCAAAGGUGGAGGCAAUAUCGAAAUGGGCGGUGACAAUUCGAACCAACUUAUCGAGUACGUGCGGACGUACAACCCCAGGUCGUGGACGUGUCUACACAUAGCCGAGGGCCCUCUGAGUUGCAACAACGUGACCAUCCAGUACAAUGACAUUGGGCCCUGUGGAGUAGAUACGUUCCAGGAAUGGGCCGACGGAAUUAGUCUGGCCUGUCGCAACAGCCUGGUGAAGGAGAACUUGAUCUUUGACGCCACGGACGGAGGGAUUGUUGUCUUCGGGAGCCCCGGUUCUGUCAUCGAAGACAACACGAUAUGGGUCGCCAACACCAUGUUAUUGGGAGGCAUAAACAUCGUCGACUAUAACCCCUUUGAGGGCGAUUACAGGGGCACCGUGGUGCGAAGAAACAACAUUAUAGGAGGCUUCGCGAACGAUGGACAGGAACCUGGAGAUACGCACGGAUUCAACAACGAGACAGCGAUCAUCAAGAUUGGAAUUGGCAUUGGCCCACGGACCUGGUUUGGAGACCGCUACGGAGAGAGUCGCAACAACGGUGGAAUGGUCACCUCCAACACCUUCUCCGGCGCCUUCUCGUACGCCAUCGCCAUCACCUCCGCCAACAACUUCACCGUCCUCGACAACAAAUUAGUGGGAAACACUGCGUUCAUAGGCGCUCGAGGGCCCAACUGCUCAGAUUCCGACCACGUACCCGAACCAGCACCUUUCAUAGUCGACUGGGCCACAGUUGGCACGGACAUGAACAAGGGAAGCGGAAAGGUCCAGGACGACUUUGUGGGUAUCUCUGAUGGCGACAGCCUCACUUGCGUCUUGCCCCCUAACGGUGGCGACUUCUGGCCCUUUGGAACCAACCCCGGAAAUACCGCAGAGGAAGCGUUCUCUGACAAGAAUAAAGACGACGAAGGGGGGAGUCCAGUUGGGAUCGUUGUCGGUGUCGUGAUUGGGAUCAUCGCAUUGGGCGUGAUCCUGUUCUUUGCGAGGAAGUGGUACAUGCGAAAGAUGGAGGAGAAGAGGUGUUUCGAGGCGAGUCGACAGAUGGCACAGAAGAGGGCGUAUACCCAGCAAUUACCUUAA